GAAAAAAUGGAAGCUCAAAUCAAACUUUCAAAGUUGAUACACUUCAAAAAUGGAAUCGAGAAAUGAUGGCCUAUAUUAAUUAAACCGAUCAUUCAUUCCUGAGUUUUCAGAAUUGAUUUAUUCAGGUGCAAUUUUUUGUUAUUGAAUACACGAAAUAUUUGAAAUUACUAAAAAUGAGGUAAUAAUAUCUUCAUUCUGAAAUGCUCAAACAACAACUAUCACCACGGAGCGUGCAUCCAUACCAAACUACGGUGGUCCCUCGAACUGAGAAACAAUUUUCAACAGCGAAUCAACAGAGGGCCAUAUAUCCAUGGACAGAAGACGGUAAUACACCUGUUUAUCAACUUACAGGGGUUGACAGUAGUUCAACAUCAGAAAAUCCUUAUCAUGUCCCCCAGUAUUAUCAAACUGGCCCACGUGAAUAUGGCCCCCCAUCCCCUGUAUACCAAGUGCCAUAUGCUACAGGAUCUUGGCGUAAUCUCAAAAAAAAUAACCAUAUGGCCAAACCACUAAUGUCCAACACUUACUCAUUUCCGCCCUGCGUAUCAGCAUUUUCACUACCUCUGUGUGAUGUAGAACAUUCUCAUACUAUGAGCCAUUCACCAGUCCCUACUGUGCCAUCAUUGAGUCCCGAAGUUCCUAUCAUUGGUGCAUGUGGAGGGCAUUGUCCAGGAUUUGAAUAUGUCUGCUAUUACAUUUUACAGGUGAUAUUUGUAGUUGGUAUAUUAACUGGAAUUUCUCUAUGCAUUGCUGGAAUAGUAUUAAGGCGAACAAAUCGCAAUGGUGAUCUUGGAGUGCUGGUGUAUAUUGGUUGCCUAUCGUCGUGUGUAUGCAGUGUAUUACUUGGCGUCCAGUGUUGUGUACGUCGUGAGAUCAGGCAGAGGAAGUUGCGUGCAAACUUGCACAUUCCAAUGCAAUCUAUUCAGGAAGCUCCUGCCACUGCUUGCCCAUUACUUCCCUCUACAUUACCUCAUAGCCAAGUGUAUAGACCCACAACUGCCAACCUUUGUCCCGAUGAGGAAAUAGCUGGUGUUCCAUGGUGGCGCCGCGAAAACAGAGACUGACUAGCUUUAAGAUUAUUAUAUUAUGUAUAGGUACUGGAAUCAAUACUUUUGUAUUAUUAAUGCGAUAUA